AUGUCGUUACCAAGAGAAUUUAUUUUUAAUAAGGAGUUGUCGAAGUUGGAUGGACAGGUCCUCGGUUCAUCAGCGCCACCCAAUACUACUGCACCAGUGUCAUGUUCCAUCGAGCUGUCAGCUGACCCCAUCGCUGAGGCGGCGCUAUCACCUGAUAAAGCGGGGUCCCUGCUCUCCAUACAAUCGGCACCUCCAGAACAGAGUGAACGAAUCGAGCCGAGGGAAAGACCCGUUAGCUUGCUGUUAGAGCUUCCUUUAGCUACUCAAGUAGGCGCAUAUCUAUCAGCGAUGUCGCCCACAGAUCAGGAAGAAGACUCACUUCUAACACUGUCUUCAGUCACCGCUCGUCCACUGCUCGCUGCUUCGAGAAAACUUCGACCACAUAAUGAUUCGACUGACAUGUCGUCUCCUCCAGAUGGAGGAUAUGGCUGGGUCGUGGUAUUUGGAGCUUUCAUGGUACAAUUUUGGGUCGCAGGGCUCUUCAAGUCUUAUGGGGUUUUAUAUGUGGAGAUAAUGGAAACGUUUCCUGAUUCAUCUGAGAGUGUCGCUUCUUGGAUCCCGGCUGCACUUUCCACUUUGUGCUUGGCAUUGGCACCACUUUCAUCAGCACUAUGUGAGAAGUACUCGUGCAGACUGGUCGUGUUCAUUGGUGGGCUGUUCUGUGCCACCGGCCUCGCGGUGUCUUACUUCAGUACUGGAUUGCUUCAUUUAUUGUUGAGUUUUGGAGUUAUGACUGGUAUUGGCGGUGGACUCUCUACUACACCUGGAAUAGUGAUAGUCUCGCAAUACUUUGAUAAGCACAGGGCCUUAGCCAACGGUAUAUGUGUGAGCGGGACGGCUGCGGGUAGUUUCGUAUUCCCUAUGCUGAUUGAGAAACUGGUUGACACUUAUGGGUUGCAUGGAACUUAUUUACUAUUGGGUGCCGGCAUGCUACACGUGUGUGUGUCCGCAACUCUCUACCGCCCGCCCCCAACUUUGCGCGCAAACACUCCCGUCACUACUACCACAACAGAAAAUACUACACUCUUAAAUGAUAUCACAGAAGGUAAAACAACAGUUUCAAACAAAGACAAUAAACUUCAAAACCUCUUCCAACCAGAAACCGAAGUGACCAUGAGUUUGAAUCAAAAGAACGCUCUAUUGAAUGAGGACAAAAGAACAAAUUUCCUAUCUGAAAUUAUUCAUCCAAGUUUGAUAGAAGUGGCGCGGCCUCCAUUACAAUCGCAAAUGUCAGACUCCGAAGACUCUGAAGGGCUUGACGUUUUGGGAGUAGUUGGAUUGCCGAAGGAAGUGGCCCGACUCCGCCUCAGACCGACGCGGUCGUCCUCCAUCCUUCACUCGGUGGAGGAUCUCUCAACGGACAGCACGUGUGUGUACAAGGCGAGAGGGAGGAAACUAAGUCGUUCCCUAUACAUCAAGCCGCCAUUACCCAGUAGAAUAAUACAAAGCAAACUCUCAGAACCUGUGAACAGUGUGAAGAAGGACGAAGAAGAGUUAAAAGAAGAUAACGUAGAAGAGAAAGAAGAUAAAAGAGGAUGUGUUGAGAAGAUUUCUAGGUAUCUGGACGUGUCCCUGCUGAAGUCCUGGCGCUUCGGUCUGCUGUGCGCGUCGGUGGGGCUGAUGUCGUGCGGCUCUCCCUACGCGCUGUACUACCUGCCCGCCUACACCGUCGCCGCCGGACACAGCAAGGCCGCUGCCGGUCAUUUAGUAGCCAUUAGUGCUAUAUUGGACCUUUGCGGGCGUCUGGGUUUGGGCUGGCUGUGUGACUUACAUCUGUUUUGUAGAAGAAAGGCGUAUAUUAUAAGCAUCCUGGUGGCGGGCGCGGCGGUACUGUCUCUGCCUAGUUUGACUUCUUGGUGGAGUUUGGCGAUUGCUUCUGGUGCGUACGGUCUCUGCCUCGGGUGUUGGUUCCUGUUGGUGCCGGUGCUGUUGGCGGACGCCUUCGGGACCGCUCGUAUCGCUUCCUCCUACGGCCUCGUCCGAAUGUUCCAGAGUCUCGCCGCCGUCUCUGUUCCGCCCACUGCCGGAUUGCUUCGUGAUGUUACAGGAGGAUAUUCUUGGUGUUUUUAUGGUAUGGGCUCUUGUAUGGUAUUAGGUUCGAUUCCCGUCAUAGCAUUUCAUUUAAGCACUAAGAAUGAAGAUUCGGAAUCUUCGGUGGAC